AUGAGCGCUGUGCUGCUGGCCGCCCUCCUGGCUGUGGUCUCGGCGCCCAGCGCCCGGGCCGUGUGGCUGGGGAGGCUGGACCCUCAGCAGGUGAUGGCUCCCCUGCGCCGGCGCGGGUCUGGGGCCACUUGCAUCCUUGGGCCUUUGUGGUCUCUGGGCUCCCCCGGGGCCCCCCAGACCACAGGGGCUGCAGGAGGCUGGGCUGGGGUUGGAGGGACGGCCCCUCACCUGCAACCCCUCCCUCAGCUCAUGGGGUCCUGGUAUGUCCUCGCCGUGGCCUCGGGGGAGAAGGACUUCGCGCUGGAGAAGGCCACAAAGAGCGUCGAGGGGGUCGAGGUGAUGCUGACGUCCCAGAACACCCUGAAGAUGCGGGCUUCCCGGCAUAGGAUGGAGAGAUGCCACCUGCAGGCUGUGGAGCUGCAGAGACAAAAUUCCGGAUGGGUCUUCGGGAAUCCCUCCCUAGGCGUGCUGGAGUACCGGGUGCUGGGCACCAACUUCAGGGACUACGCCAUAGUGUUCACGCAGCUGGAGGCCCAGGAGGAGGCCUUCAGCACGGUGGAGCUGUACAGCCGGACAGCCCUAGCCAGUCAGGAGGCUCUGGGCCGCUUUGCCAAGUGGAGCCGGAGCCUGGGCUUCCUGUCGCAGCAGCAGGCCGAGCUCCAGAGGGAUUUCACCUGCGCACACAAGGUCUUCCUGUGAACGCGGCAGCCCCCAGGGGCCCGGAGGAGGCUGGACGGACGCUGCCCUCCUCGCCCAGCCGCCCAGGGGCUGGGUGGGGGCCGCCUGCUCCCAGGGGCCCUUGCUGCGGCUUCAAAUAAAGCAGUUCCAC